UCGGGGGAGUUUAGUGGGAGGAGGAGGAGGAAAAUCUCCGCUUCCAGUCUUGUUUCGGAGCUCCUGGAAGAAGCAGAACCAGCUGGCCGUGAGUUCUUGUCCCCCUGGAUCUCUUCUCGGUUCCGCUCUCCAGUCGCAGCGGACUCGGACAUGUAACACGAACCGAGUUUCGGGGUCGGACGCAGGGGAAAAAAAGAGGAGAACCGGCGGCUCGGUUGGUGUCCGUGGUGGGAAAUGUCGCCCAACUGAAACUUCGGGAGACUCUUCAAGGAUUCAUUUAGUUCCGAGCCGCUUUCCUCCGGGUAGGAUGUGAAUUUUGGGAACUUUUCCAGGAGCCGUGGAGUUUAUUGGGAGCGUCUUUUUUUUUUGUUUGUUUUUUAUUCCGGGAGAAGGGGGGAACGUCGUGAGGAAAAGGCGGACGGUUGAUCCAGAUCCAGAGGACAGCGAGCUGCUACAUCUAAUGAGAGUCCAGCCAGCCUGAACACCGAACAGGAGACCGAGGAGAUUGAUGUCUUCGGGAAACCGGCUACUCUGAUCAGGCUCGACUCCUGCAUUAAGCUGCCCUUUGGACCGAAGCUGUGAUUAACCUGAAUUACCAGACAUGAUGGAGCGGUGGUGGGCGUGGCAGCUCACAGUGGUUACCAUGGCGACAUUUUACGUGGGCCCGUGCCAGGGCAGGAACCCAGAGUUCUCGUCCGAAACGCUGAUCAACAACGUGGUGGCCGACCCGAACACAGGCCGGCUGUACGUGGGCGCGGUCAACCGCCUCUACCAGCUCAACUCCAACCUGGAGGUGGAGUUCCGCAACGAGACGGGCCCAAAGCUGGACAACCAGCGAUGCACGCCGCCCAUCAGCGCCAACUGUGACAACGCCGUGCAGACCCCCAAUCACAACAAGCUGCUGCUGGUUCAUCCGGAGAAAAACCAGCUGGUGGUCUGCGGCAGCCUCUUCAAGGGCCUCUGCUCGCUGAAGAACCUGAGCAACGUCAACCACGAGACGUACUUCUGCGACAGCCACGGCGAGAAGUCGUACGUGGCGAGCACGGAGGAGGGCGUCUCCGUCGUGGGAGUCAUGUCGUGGAUCAAACUCCCAGAACUCCCCAAGAACUACACAGUUUUUCUGGUUGCUAAAGGGUACGGCAGCCAUGACAGCACGAAGCUGAUCUCCACCCGCAUCCUGGAGAGGGUGCCGGAAAAGGACUGGGUGGAGUUCGAGAUCGUUGCCGACCCUGUGGCGAUCCAGUCCAGCACCUUCAACCAGGAGUACCUGCACAACUUCCGCUUCGCCUUCAAAGACAACAACUUCACCUACUUCGUGUUCUCCAGGAGGCUCAGCAAGCAGGACAAGAAGAACUUCACCUUCAUCUCCAGGAUGUGUGAAAACGAUUCUUCCUACUUCUCCUACACCGAGCUGCAGCUCAACUGCAGCGCCGGCAACAAGCACAACAAAGUCCAGGCUGCUUUUGUUGGACCAGCAGGGAAAGUUCUGGCCCAGAAUCUGAACAUUUCACCUGCAGAGAAAGUUCUGUUUGCCACCUUCACCUCUGAACAAGAGCACACCUCAGCCAUGUGUAUGUACCCUUUAAAGUUAAUCAACGAGCAAAUAGAUAAGCUCAGAGAAGCCUGUUACGUCAACGAUGGCCGCAUCGACAACAUGGUUGCGGUCUAUUCGCAUUAUUCUUCUUCCAAGUCAGAGUGCAACGUCGUGAAAAUUAACACUUACGAUAAAAACAAAUGUGGAGCCGAGUACCUGCCAACACCACUGGUCAGUACGCCCGAAUUCGCCUUAACAGCUGAGCCGUCAUUGGUCCAUAACAGUAACAUGACCGCUGUGGCCGUCGCCGUGGAGAUGGAGCAUUCUGUGGCGUUCCUGGGCACCGCCAGCGGCGAGGUUCUGAAGGUGCAUUUGUCGGCUCAUCCCGAGAAGUACGGCCGUGUGUCGAGCGAAGUGACUGGAUACGAGGUCAACAAGAACCUGCUGUUCGAUUCCAGCCUGGAACACCUGUACAUCACCACAGAGAAGAAGAUCACCAAGGUUCCGGUCCAGACCUGCCACCAGAAGACAGACUGCCACUCCUGUGUGUCCAUGAAGGAUCCCUACUGUGGCUGGUGUGUCCUGGAGGGAAAAUGCACCAGGAAGAAGGAUUGCAGCAGGUCAGCAGAGACCAACACAUGGCUGUGGUCUCCCAACGAGCAGUGUGUUCAGAUCACAGAAAUCACCCCGCCGAGCAGCAGCUACAAGAAGCAAAAGCAGGUUCAAAUCACCAUCCCCACCCUCCCCAGGCUGAGCGACCACGACAAACUGGAGUGUUGGUUUAAUUCGUUCAGAAACGACGCCGUGACGGUCGAAGAGAAUCCGCAGAAGGUGGUCUGCUCGCUGCCUGAGGCUAAAGACAUCCCCCCCACGCGUGGGCAACAAGACUUCGUCUCCGUCCCGGUAAAGGUUGUGUUAAACAAAACAAUCGAGCUGACGUCUGGGGAGUAUCGCUUCUACAACUGUUCUGCUACCGUCACCAAGAACCCGAACACGCCGUGUAUUUCCUGCGUGAACAGUCCGUGGGGCUGUCAGUGGAGCAUUCUGGGUCAAAGCUGCAGCGAUCAAGGCGAAGAUGUGGACGUAGAUCAUAUUGUGGAUCCUCAACAGUGGGAAAGUUGUCCUCAGUUUGAAUCUCCGGACAAGCUGCUGAUCCCCGUCGGCCAUCCGAUCCCCAUCAACUUCCAGGGAAGGAACCUGGACAACUACCAGGAUAAGAGCUUUUCCAUCGGCACGGAGCUGAUGAAGCACGCUGAGAAUGUGGACAAGCUGUCGGAGGACAGAUUCCUUUUUAAUGGUUAUGAGUUCGCUUACGACAAGCAGCAGGAGGUGAACAUAUCUUUCCAUAUUAAAGAACAAGGCACUGAGAGGAAGAUUGACAGCACGCUGACAGUCGUGCUGUAUAACUGCUCAGUGGGAAGAGAGGACUGCAGUCUGUGUAAAAGCGCCGACUCCAAGUACAAUUGCGUGUGGUGCCGGGAUACCAAUACCUGUGUUUACGAGGAGAUCUGCCACACUCAGGAGCCGCCCGAGUGUCCCAAUCCGCAAAUCUUUGACAUCAUCCCCCGCUUUGGCCCUCUGGAUGGUCACAUCCCGGUGACCAUCAAAGGCUCCAACAUGGGAAUAAAGAAGGAAGACGUGAAAAAGAUCACCGUGGCUGGAGUGGACUGUGUUCACCUGGAGGAUAGAUACUCUGUCUCUACCAGUGUGGUGUGUGAGAUCGGUUCUAAGACGAUUCCACCUCAUGACGUUCCGCCUGAGCUGACCUUAAACGGACCGGUGACGAUAGAGUUAGUGGACGGAAGAGAAGGUCGCUCUGACGUCAUCUUCACUUAUCGGGAUCCCAAACCGGAUUCCUUCCAUCCAACAGAGGGUCCUAUAGCUGGAGGAACGGUGAUCACCAUCAGAGGAGAAAAUCUGGACACGGCUACCAAAGAGGACGUCGCCAUCGACAUCGGGGGUGUUCGCUGUGAAAUCUUAUCGUUUGGGACAGACAUCUCCUGCAAGACCGGCAGCUAUUCUGAGCAGAAAGUUCCUCCAGGCAAGCUGACGGUGACGGUGAAGUACGGGAAAAAAACCUCCAAAGCCCUCGCUACACUUUUCGAGUACCGUGAAAACCCCAAGAUCUCGGAUUAUAAUCCCAAAGCCAGCUUUGCUAGUGGCGGUCGAAGGAUCGUUGUGGAGGGAAAGGGCUUUGAUCUGAUCCAGUCGGCCACCAUGAAAGUUCUGUCCUCCACUGACGAGCCUUCAGUCAACAACACACUUGUAGAGUUUGCCACGAAGGCUUCAAGUAAGAACGACACCACCCUGGUGUUUUAUUCCCCGAUGGUGGACUGCUGCAACGACAGCCAGUCCAUCAGCACGCUGCUGCAGCUGGACAACCUGAAAGAGGAGCUGCAGGACUUCAACUACCACCCCGACCCGCACUUCGACAAGCUGGCCAAGAACGUCAUCACAGAGACCAGCAUCAUCAUUGUGACGGGGCGAGGUUUCGCCAAGGCCAUAACGAUGCAAGAGACCCAGGCGUUUGUCGGGGACCAAUCCUGUAACGUCAACAUACUGCAGGAUGAUAAAUUGAUCCUGGAGGCUCCAAAUACCACAACCAAGGAGAAGAUGGAACUGAAGGUGAAGUUCGGUAACAAAACGUGGUCUUUGGGUGAAGUGUCCUACUACGACAAGAAAGACGACAUUCCUCUCGCUAUAAUCAUCCCCGCCGUGAUCGUGCCCAUGAUUAUUUUCAUCGCCGUGUCCGUCUACUGCUACAGGAGGAAGAGUCAGCAGGCAGAGCGGGAGUACGAGAAGGUGAAACAUCAGCUGGACAGCCUGGAGGAAAGUGUUCGAGAUCGCUGCAAGAAAGAGUUCACAGAUCUGAUGAUUGAAAUGGAGGACCACACCAGUGACAUGAGCGACAGUCGUAUCCCCUUCCUGGACUACAAAACCUACACGGACCGAAACUUCUUCCUGCCGUCCAGAGAAAGCACCAAUGACCCUAUGAUCACUGGAAAAAUACAAAUCCCAGAAGCCCGCAAGAGCACCGUGACUCAGGCAUUAAACCAGUUCUCCAACCUGCUGAACAGUAAAACCUUUCUUAUCAAUUUCAUUCACACCCUGGAGAGUCGUCCGGACUUUAACGCCCGGUCUCGGGGAAAUUUCGCCUCCCUCCUGACGGUGGCGCUGCACGGUAAACUGGAGUAUUACACCGACAUCAUGAGGACGCUGCUGCUGGAGCUGAUGGAUGAACACGUGCAGAGUAAAAACCCCAAACUGAUGCUCAGGAGGUCAGAGACGGUGGUGGAGAGGAUGCUUUGCAACUGGAUGUCCAUCUGCUUGUAUCAGUUCCUCAGGGACACAGCAGGGGAACCUUUAUACAAACUGUUCAAGGCCUUAAAGCACCAGGUGGAGAAAGGUCCGGUGGACGCCAAGCUGAAGAAAGCCAAGUACACGCUGAACGAUACCGGGCUGCUGGGAGACGAUGUCGAGUACUCUGUACUGACUCUGCAGGUGCUGGUGCACGGGGAGGGACCAGACGUCACACCUGUGAAAGUGCUGAACUGCGACACCAUCACCCAGGUGAAGGAGAAAAUCAUCGAUCAGGUGUACAGGAACCUGCCCUAUUCACAGAGACCAAAAGCAGAGAGCGUUGCACUCGAGUGGCGUCCCGGCUCCACGGGUCAGAUCCUGUCCGACCUGGACCUCACCUCACAGAAGGAGGGACGCUGGAAGAGACUCAACACGCUGGCUCAUUAUAACGUGCGGGACAACGCCACGUUGGUUCUGUCCAGAGUUUUGCACACGCAGUCGUUCCACCAGCACCAGGACAACCAUGAAGAGAGUACGGCUUCAGAAAACGCGCUCCUGGAGGAGGACAACACCUUCCACCUGGUGAGGCCGACGGACGAGCUGGACGAGGUGAAGUCGAAGAGGGGCAGCCUGAAGGCCAAGGCCACGACCAAAGCCAUCACAGAGAUCUACCUGACCCGGCUGCUCUCUGUCAAGGGCACUUUGCAGCAGUUUGUGGACGAUUUCUUCCGCAGCGUCCUGUGCACGAGCUCCACCGUCCCUCCCGCCGUCAAAUACUUCUUUGACUUCUUGGACGAACAGGCGGAGAGACACGACAACGUGGACGAGGAGACGCUGCACAUCUGGAAGACCAACAGCCUGCCUAUGCGGUUUUGGGUGAACAUCCUGAGAAACCCGCACUUUAUCCUGGACGUCCACCUGACGGAGGUGGUGGACGCGUCGCUGCACGUCAUCGGCCAGACCUUCAUGGACGCCUGCACCAAGACGGAGCACAAACUCAGCAGAGAGUCUCCCAGCAACAAGCUGCUCUAUGCAAAAGAGAUUUCCACGUAUAAGAAGAUGGUGGACGAUUACUACAGAGGCAUCAGACAGAUGGUUCCAGUCAGCGACCAGGACAUGAACACGCACCUCGCUGAGGUCUCCCGGCAACACACAGACAAGCUGAACACCCAGGUGGCCUUACAUCAGCUCUACCAGUACGCCAGCAAGUACUUCGAUCUGAUCAUCCAGUCGCUGGACGAGGACCCGGCCGCCCAGAACAGGCAGCUCACGCUCCGCCUCCAACAGGUCGCUGCCGCCCUGGAGAACAAAGUCACGGACCUCUGACAUCACAGAGGGGGCGGGGCUUAUCCAUCUUCCAGCGAGCUGAGGACACGGACUCAUCCAGAUGUCUAAAGAGUAGUUAGUGGAGCCAGAAGACCGGCUGAGUGGAGCUUCUGAUAUGAAACUCUGAUAUUUUUUUCCUCUGGAAGACGAAUUUCCACUCAGCAUCCCAAAAAAAAAACAGAGAAAAUUAAGGAUUGCAAUCAGUCAACAAUUAUUUUCUGAAAUUCAGCGACAGUUUAAAGUAAUUGGAUGUUUUUGUUCUCGGAGCCCUUUUAACGGUAAGUUUGGACGUUCUGCUGCUCCAGGAUGCUUCUCCGACCACUUUGCUGAAAUCUACCAACUGUGGAGAGACAUUUUAUUUGUGAGGUCAACAUAAUCCGCCUUAAUCCUGAAGAGCGAAACCAGAUAAUCUGACCUGAGAUCAGCAGCACGGGUGGAACGAGGGAUCGGCACCAGAAGCAUCAUCUGAUUCCUGCAGCUCUCCACGUCCAGCCGGCUGCGCUCUGCGCCUCCACUCUGACUCUGUUGUGUUAUUUUCAUGUUCACGCUUCCUUGUUUGCAUCAUGAGUCGCAUCCACCGUCGGUUUUACGAUAUAACCACUUCCUGAUCAUGUGACAGGGUCUGGAUCACGGUACCGUUUCCUUUCCUCGAGUUCAACAAGUUUCACCAGACUUGGUUUUAACGACGCUCCCAAACUCAGAUAAUCUGAUCACUGUAGAAGAUUUUAAUUAGCCUUGGAAAAAAAAACAGCGAUGGUUUAAGUCAGAUAAAUUACCCACGGCUGACAUUUUGUGAAAAUAUCCUGAUUAAAACAGAUUUAUUGGGGUUUAGUGUAUAGUUGGUGCCAAAAAUGGUAAAACGGUACAAAUGGAUGGGGGUAAAAACAGCUAAAUAAGAUCUUCCCACAUACGAUGGUUAAAUUUAUGAGAAAAACUGUGGAAUGUUGAAUUAGAUCCACAUUUUUUAAAAAUAUGUUAGUCAGAUCCAAAUGAACAAAAAGUAUUUAAAGAAGGAAAUAUUUCAGUUGGACUGGCGAUUUCCCACCACAGGUGGCGCUGUUGGCUCCCAGAAAGGAUAAUUAUUGAGUCUAUUGGAGUUAAAUUUAACCAACCAUAAAGUACGGUACUGAUCCGAAAUGAAUUUUAUAUGCAUCUUGAAUUUAAAGCAGAUUUAAGAAACCUUUCAACUUUUGUAAGCCUAGAGCACCAAACAGUCGGGUUUCUUUGUUUUGAUAAGUAAUCAUUGUCUUAUUUAAUUAAUCAGAAUCAUUUUUCGCCUCAUUUUUUGGCUCCACGUAGAUCAUUUUAUAUAUUUUGUGCUAAAAGUCACAGCAGCUCACUGAGUCAAAUACUCUGAGCUGGUUUUUGAACAAAGCUGGUAUAUUUUUUACUAUUUUUCAGAAAAUUCAUUAAACACAGACAUUAAACGGAAGUUGCACCCACCCAAAAU